GCCCGGUCCCUUUCCCGCCCACUCCAGCCGUACAUCGCUCGCGCCUCCUCCCGCCCUCCUCGACGCGUCGGCUGGCUCAUCGUCACAGCAGUCUUGGACGCAGAUGGACGCCCCUCAACACGAGAUAGUCAUCGUGCCCCGCGUGGGUGAGCCCGGCCGCGACGAGCUCCGCCAAGAGUGCUACGACGUCCGCAUCGACGUCUUCCACCACGAGCAGCAGUUCCCGCUCGACACCGAGAUCGAUGACCUCGAUUCCACCGCAACCCACAUCCUUCUGCGCCUCCUGCCGUCGCUGAAGCCAGUCGGCACCAUACGCUGCACGAAGCACGAUAACUACUACAAGCUGAGCCGACUGGCCGUGCUCAAGGACUACCGCCAGUACCGCUUCGGGCGUGCGCUCGUCUUGGCGUUGCAUGACCAUGUGAAGCGCGACGCGAAGCAGUCCGGUCAACAUGACUCCGUCACAAUAAAAUGCCAUUCCCAGAUCCCUGUGAAGGCUUUCUAUGCAAAAUUUGGAUACUCGCCCGAAGGGGAAGAAUUCGACGAAGAGGGUGCUCCUCAUCAGUUGAUGGUCGCUCGCUUGUCAUCAUCAGAUUGAGGUGCCACGCGUGUAUUUGGCGUCGUAAGGUGUCGUGAGGUAUGCACAGAGCUCGACGGAGGGGAGAGCUAGCAAUACAGCAUAGGGGGGUGUGGGGUAUGUUGCUACAGAAAUGUACAUGUCAAGUCCGUAAUUGAUCGAAGGUCAUAAAGUAGUGCAAGCAAGAGCAUAAUGGACAGAGAACACACUCUAUUUGGUGUCCCUAUCAUCAAGAAGGUAUAUGGGACGGACACCGGCUGGAAUGCGAACCCUCCGCGCAGUAGUGAAAGAAGAGAAAGUGAAUGUCAUGCAAGA